AUGUGCUGCCUUUGUUGUUGCAGCAAAGGCAGUCCUGGAGCGGGAGGGGCUCCUCCAGGAGGAAGCACGGGUGCCACUUUAGGAGGGAGCACCGGUGGGCCUCCGUCUACUGGAGGUGGCGGGCGUCCAGCUCUUGGGAGUGCUGGAGGUGGUGGUGGAGGCCCUCCAUCUCCAGCCACUGGAGGUGGCGGACCUCCAGCUGCUGGUAGAGCUGGUGGUGGUAGCAGGCCUCCAGGAAAUGGUGGUGAAGGCCCUCCAUCUCCAUCUACUGGAGGUUGCGGACCUCCAUCUACUAGUGGUAAAGUUGGCCUCCUGGAGGUGGUGGUGGUGGAGGCCCUCCAGCUAAUGAUUGUCCGCCAUGAUACUCAUCAUAAUUCAUAUACUACCAAACAAUAUGAAAAUAUAAUGAUAGGUUUUGUAAUUUUGUAA